GCUUAACUAAAAAAAAGCUCGGUGUUCCUUCCGCUCGAUGUUCUCUGGCUGCGAUUUCUCCCACCUCCGCCUGCGACGAUGACGACGCUGGCUCCAUUUUGACUGCGGCCAGAAAGUGGGGCUCCCGGCCUCGGGCGGCGGUAAGAGCUCAGGAAGAACUUGCCAUUUAGGAAAGGGGGAAAAAAGCAAUAAAAGAAAAAAAUUAUUUUGUUGCUUUUCCUCUCAUCAGAAAUGGCCAAUGUGCUCUGUAACAGAGCCAGGCUGGUUACAUAUGUGCCAGGAUUUUACUCUUUAGUCAGGAGGGUUGUAAAUCCCAAAGCUUUUUCCACUGCUGGAUCUUCAGGUUCAGAUGAGUCUCAUGUAGCUACUGCACCCCCAGAUAUAUGUUCAAGAACUGUGUGGCCAGAUGAAACAAUGGGACCAUUUGGGCCCCAGGAUCAAAGAUUUCAGCUCCCUGGGAACAUAGGUUUUGACUGUCACCUCCAUGGGACAACUUUGCUGAAGAAAAGUCCAGUCCAUAAAACUUUGCCUGAUGUUCUAGCAGAACCUUUAUCAAGUGAAAGACAUGAAUUUGUCGUGGCACAGUAUAUAAACGAAUAUGAGGACAGUGAUGAACCUGUUGAACAACUGGAAAUUAACAAGGCAGAAACUUAUUUUGAAAAUGCCAAAGUAGAAUGUGUAAUACAAACAUGUCCAGAGCUACUUCGAAGAGAUUUUGAAUCAAUGUUUCCAGAAGUGAAUUCUGGCAAACUAGUGGUACUAACUGUAACACAGAAAACCAAAAAUGAUAUGACCAUAUGGAGUGAGGAGGUUGAAAAUGAAAGAGAAAUACUGUUGGAAAAGUUUAUAAACGGUGCUAAAGAAAUUUGCUAUGCUCUACGUACUGAAGGCUAUUGGGCUGACUUUAUUGAUCCAUCAUCUGGAUUGGCAUUUUUUGGACCAUAUACAAGCAACACCCUUUUUGAAACAGAUGAACGUUAUCGACAAUUAGGGUUUUCUGUUGAUGAUCUGGGCUGCUGCAAAGUGAUUCGCCAUAGACUUUGGGGUACCCAUGUGGUUGUUGGAAGUAUCUUCACGAAUGCCACAGCUGACAGUCACAUUAUGAAGAAAUUAAGUGGAAACUAGGUGGCAGCUGCUUUGUUUGUACUUGACAUUUUGUCUAUAAACACUGUCAAAAAUGUUCAGUUUUUUAAAAUACUUAUUUCUAGGUAAAAAAAAUAUUUAUUUCAGCAUCUGUAAACUUAAGGGUUUGUGAUUUAUGAGAUUCUCAAAAAAUGGCAAAUGUUCACUCAUAUUUCUGUUUAAUACAUAUUAACCACCUACAUUUAUAAAAAGCAGUAAUUCAUUUGGAUCCAAGGCUUGAUCCCAUAUUAUAUGUUUAUGGAGAGAGAGUUUUGGCUCUUUCUCCUUUUUAUUUAAAAAUUUCAGUUUUACAUAUAUCCUUCCAAAAAUAAAUCACAGGUUAAGAAGAUGAAGGUUGUUUCUUUUCCCAUUGUGAUGCACUUCAAUUUCAUUUCUGAAAGCUUCUAAAUUCAGACCUAUGUAAGUCUUGUCAAGUCGCACAAUUUUGGUAAAUUAUAGUUGUGAUAUUUAGAUUCAGGUUUAGAAACUUCCUCCAUGUUUGUUGGAAAAGCAGUACUUUUUACUACAUUUUUUAAAUUGGUCUUCCUCAAAUCUAAAACUUUUAAGGUUUUGAUAUUUUCCUCAUUUUCAUUUUCUCUAGAUAUUUACUUUGUGUCAAGUUGCAUACAUCAACAUCAUUAUGUAACCUAAGAUAUUUUAGGCCUUUGGUUUAAAAAACAAGUGUCAGAAUGUAACACAUUUGUUUAUUAUAGACAAUUUUUUGUUUCAUUUGCCAAAUCUAUUUUUGUGAUCCAGUGAUAAAAUGAAACUGCUGCAUGUUACAGAAUACCUCAGUCAGUGACAGAACUUAUUUUUUUGACAAUAUAAACUUGAAAAGACUAAUCUUAUAUCACUGGCCUUUUGCCAAUAACUACCCUGAAAAUAUAUGUAAUUAUACCAGAAUGUAUUCAUUGCUCUUCUAUUUUGGGUUCCACCUGUAGUUGUUAAAUGGGGGUAUCAAACACCUAUUUAAGAAAUGACCCAUGGAAAUGACAAAAUCUAGUAUUACCUUCUUUGAUUAACACUUUAUGCUUAAAAAGAAAAUAUUUAAAUUAUCACUUAUCAUAAAGAAAAGCAGUGAUUCCCUUUUUUUCCUGUACUUAACACCACUGUCAGUAUUUUUUAAAUGGGCUGCCAAGAUGAGAGGUUGGGAAAAAUAAUCCCUACCUUCCCUUCCCAUCUUAACGUGUUUAAUUAUAGAUAUAAACGAUGCAAGUACAGAAACCAUCCCUAAUAAGACUCCUGAUGAAAUCCUAAGGGUCCAUGCUGUGAAACUACUUCAUUAUAUCGCCCUUUUCUUCAGUAAACAGUCCUCUAUAAUCCUAUAUGUUUUAAGUAGUUCCUGCUACUUCAUAUUUUGCCUAUCUUUUAAUGCAUUCUUUCCCCCACCCUGAAAUAUUACUUUUUCACUCUUUGCUAUUUUGACCUGCCUAUAUAUUCAUCAGCUGGAGCACUUGAUUUAUCAUUUAUUUUUCGUCAGCCGUUUGUACUUCUUACCAAAAAAGAAGUGCCCCAUUCUUGAAAAAGAGGUUUGCUACUUUGUGUUAGAUAAACAAAGCACUGAAAAAUGUUUUCCAAAAAAAGCAAGGACUUAUACAGAGCUGUAUACUAUAAGUAAUAGUGUUUUGACAAAGUUUGAUAUUUAGGUAAUCAACAUGGAGAUAAACUCAUCUCCAGUGAGUUCUGUGAACACUUACUUUCCACAAGGAAAUAGUCACAGUUACUGUGCUAAUAAAUGCCUAUAAGUCAACUCAACUCUUAUUUUUCAUCACAUUCCCUUGACCAUGACCCUAUGAAGAAAACUAAGAAAUUUAUUUGCAAAAUCAGUGAAUAUAUAAACUAUUUAAAAAUAGGGCUUCUUGGCUUAAAUUAGGGUUGAUUCAGUGACAUUAAUUUCAACUUCAAUUAUCUAGAAAAUAUUUUUAUAUCUUUUUUUCACCUUUUGCACUUUUUUAAUAUGUACCAACUUUGGCAGCUUAAGUUGUACAGACACUAUUUUAAUACUUUUCAUAAGCUGUAUCUUUGGCUUGUAAGUUUUCUGUAUUGUGCCAAUGGUAUAACCAUCCCUUGCCAUGUCAACGCCCAGAUGGUCCAGAGUCGUAUUCUAAAUGUUUCAUUUCUAUUUCUUUUACCACAUAAUAGUGCCUUGACUAUUAAGUGGGGUACUUAGUCAUUUGGGGCACUUGUAGAUAGAAAUAAAGAUCUUAUUUCCACAUUUUUACAAGUAGAGCUUUUUAUGUCUCUAAAUAAACCUUUGUAGUAGGUCUGUCUUCCUCAAGAGAUAGCCAGACACAUAAAUAUAAAGAGGAUGAAAGCAACAACAUACCUAUUUUUCAAAAAAAGUUUGUUUUUUUUAAAGGCUAGAUUCUGAAUAUUCAAUUGUAUACACUUUAUAGCUUGUCAAGAAAUAUUCUUGUUUCAAAGGGAUCCAUUCUGUUAAAAGAACGGAAACCAAAUGACUGGUGGACAACCUUAGCAUCAAAUUGUCCACAAAUUUUAUUUAUAAAUAUGCAGAAAAAUAAAAUAUUUUUCCAUAAAAA